AUGAUCCGUGAUUAUUUUGUGUUCAAAGAUGUUACUAGAGUGGCUGGAUUUUCUUGUGGACAAAUCGAGAGUGGGUAGUCUUGAUUCUAUUGAAAAGAAAUUUCUCGAUUAUUAUGAGUGAAAUAAUGUUUAUAUUACUUUUAUAUAUAAUAUUAUCACAUUCUUAAAAAUACUUUUAGUUUAAGAAAAUUCUUCUUCAGUAACAACUUCCCGUUUCGAGCUUUAAAGUUAGAAUAUUUGCAUGCAGAUGAUUACCAAGUGGUUAAACUUCUCAAUGAUGUCGGCAUUAUGGUGUCUAUAAAUCACUUUACAUCGAUGAUCGAUGUAUUCGAAUUUUUGCGCACUACUUACUGGAAUUUAGGCAUAUUUUUAGAUUUGCGGUGUUCAGUUGCAGACGAAGACGUAAUGAACAUUUUCUACGAGACCUCGAUCCAUUAUAUGUACGAUCAUUCGCAUCAAUGGUUAAUUCUGGGAAAUAAUAUGAGCCACACUGUCCAACUAUUAAACGACAGCGUGUUUAGCAUUAUCACGGAUAUCGCGAUUGCUAUACCAAAUAACAAUGGUUAUUAUCUAUAUGAUAUAUAUAAUCAUUGCAAAUCUUGCGGUGGCUUGAUAAAUAUUACGGAACUUGGUACCUGGACUGAACAAGAUGGAUUACAGAUUACUUUACGAACAGAUAAAUUCACCAGAAGAUGGGAUUAUCAUAAAAUGAAGAUCAAAGUUGCUGGUCUCACAACAAGUAGACGCAAGGAUCAAAGUUUGGUAGAAUACUUGCAAGAACAGAGUAUCACAUACACGGACAAUUGGUCUAAAUUUGGAUUUGCUAUUAUGGAACACGUUAAAGAUCUAUUCAAUUUCACUUUUGAACUAAUAGAGUUGGAUCAUUGGGAAAAGAAUGAUAGCGUUGGACCGUUGAUUUCUGGCCUUCAUCAAGGUAAAUAUCACCUGGGAUUUUUUCCGUCAAUUAUAACUAUUGAAAGAAUCAAUCGUGCGGACGUAAUUUUGCAAGUUUGGCCCGUAAGAACCUGCUUUAUAUUUCUUACUGAACCUUCGUUAAAAGUGGAUAUGAACAUAAUCUUUAGACCAUUUUCGAGAAAUGUUUGGUGCGUGAUCUUUUUAUUAAUAGUCAUCAUCAUUUUCGCUUUGUGGAUAAUUUUAAAACUUGAGAAACAUGUUACUGAUUCUGAUUAUGGGAUCACAGUCCUCAUUACUGUCGCUGCAUUAUGUCAACAAGGAUUACCAUUUAUCAGUACACAAUUUUCAAGCCGCGUUGCUUUCCUUCAUACUAUGAUCUUUGGUUUACUAGUGUAUAAUUAUUAUUCAGCAGCAAUAGUAUCUAGUCGGCUGAAUGUACCUUUAGAUAAAAUGAACGAUUCAUUGUACUCAUUAGUGAAAAGUAAGAUGAAACUUGCAGCGUACAAAGAUAUAUAUUUCAAUUAUUUGUUACGAUAUCCUGCGGACGAUGUCCAAUAUUUUGCAAAAUAUUGGAAUACCAUACCAGAAGACAAAAGAUUUCUUUCUCUAGAGGAUGGCGUAAAGGGAAUCUCGAAUCUUAGAUUUGCUUAUCACGCAGAGCCUACCAAUGUUUAUCCACUUAUAGAUCGUAGUUUUGACAAACAAAUGAUCUGUCAGCUUACCGAAGUUCAUUUACUUCGUCCUGGUUCGAUAGGUUUGUGGUCAGCUCAACGUAGUCCUUUCCAAGAAAUAGCAAAAAUAGGCCUUAUUCGAAUAUAUACUUCGGGAAUUCGAAAGCGAGAAGUGUUACGCUGGAGUUACAGAAAACCUUAUUGUAACAAAGAUAAGCAUUACGUAUCAAGUGUGACAAUACAUGAAAUGAUACCAAUUAUACUUGUCUUAUGUUUUGGCAUUAUUUUAUCAGCUGUCAUUUGUUUUAUGGAGAAUAUAGUUUUUCACAUAAUGCAGAGAAAGCAGAAACAAAUAAAAGAAUCUGAAAAUCGAGUAAAAAAACGUAAUCAGAAAAAUAUUGUACCACAAAUCAAAACUAUGGUAAAGACAAAAAAAGCUCUAAUUACCAAAAAAAAUAUAGUUUUUAAAAAAUAAAUUUUGUUUUAAUUAAAUGAAUUAUGUUAUUUUUUUAUUUUACGUCAAAAAAGAAACGUAUAACAAAAAUUGUUAAAAUUUUAUAACUUUAUGCUCGAUGUAUAAAUUAAUUUUAUUAAAUAAACUAUAGAUUACAUUAUUUAAAUGUGAAAAAUACUAUGUGGUAUUAUUCCAAAGUGCGUAUGUUAUAAUAAAAAAUGUACAAUUAUUAUUUAUUAUAUAAAACCUUUAUAGGUUUUAAUAAUGUGA